CUCUCAAACCCCAAUGCCCAACUCAUCCCGAACUCUCUCUCAAAAUGACGAAAAUGCCCUCGUACACUGUUGAAAACCCUAACUUCGAGCCUUCAAAGGCCAAGAAACAAUACAACAUAUACUCUUCGUUGCUCCCUGUCUUCUUAUCGAUCUUAGCAUACAUUUUGAUCUUCUACGUCCUUGACGUAUCUCCUUCUUCGAUCUUCAACGACCCAAAGAUCUUGUUCUUCAUCUCAAACGCCCUUAUCCUUAUCAUAGCCGCAGACUAUGGCGUCUUCGCUGAGAAAGAGAACCACGAAUUUUACGGAGAAUACACGGCCGCGAUGAGAAUAGACGCGAGAGAAAACGCUAGACCUGAAAACUCAGGCUAUGAGGUGAGUUUGGCGGAAGUAACCAUGAAACGUGAGAAGCAAGAAGAAGCACUCAGAGAGAAAGAUACAACACGGUAUCUGUUUCAAAAGGAAGAGAAAGUUCCUGAGAAAAUCGUACAAGCCCUAAGCGACGAGCAGAAGACUGAGCAAAACAUUCAUAUGACCAUUAGUAAAGGAGAAACUUGUGGUGCAAGAAACCUAGUGAGCCCUAAACGGUACGGGAGAAGCAAAUCGGAUAAAGCACGCUCAGAACGUAGUCAUCGAGAGAUCAAACAUAGACGUAAAAGUUAUGAUCGAAGCAAGUCUGACGAUAGCUCGAAAUGGAUGGUUGGUCAAAAGUGGAAGAAGGCUCAUGAGGAGACGGAGGAGAAGUGGGAGAAUGUAAGAGAGGAAUCGGAAGAAUUUGCGAAAAUGUCGAACGAGGAGUUGAACAGACGAGUUGAAGGUUUCAUCCAACGGUUCAACAGAGAUAUUAAACGACAAACUUUAGUUUAGUUUAAUUUAAUUUAAUUUGUGCAGGUUAAGUCAACCUUUUUGUAUCAUUUUGUGUGUCGUCGUGCCAUAUGCUAGCAUGA